AUGCAAUGAAUAUUCAAACAUCAAGACAAACCAAAAGUAGUCCAUAUGCGUUAGUAUUUGGUCAAAACCCUUUACGCCAUUUUACAAUAUUAAAAGAAAUCAAAGAUCGACAUAUUAAUUCAGAAGAUGAGUUACCUGAGAAUUGGUUCGAACUAUCUGAGCCUCAAGAUGACUUUGAUCAGCAGGAGGUUGUAGAGUCGCUUUUAGGAGCUACAGCAUUAAAUGUAGAGGAACAACAAUGGCUUGAGCAUGAAUUUGAGAAUGAAAUAUUGGACGAAGAGAUAAUGAAUGAAAAGUUGGAUAAGAUAGAGGAUGAGAAAAUAUCAGAUAACACAGUGGAUAAAAGAUUGGAUGAGCGGUUAAGUAAAAGGAUAAAUGAAAGAUCAUAUGAAAAGUUGAACAUAAGGGUAACUGAAAAAGAAAAUAUGGUAAUAAACAUAAAAGACGAAGCUAUUGAUAGAAGUUUACUCGAAAAUGAAGCUGUUGGUAGAAGACUGCCUGAAAAUAUGUCUGACAUUCGUCCAAGUAAAAGACAUAAACUUAUUUUGAUGCCUACCACCACAGAUACCAAUACUCAG